GGAGGAGAGUUAUAGCGAAGAGUACACUUUGUGUGAUGAAUUCUACCCCUUCUGAAACAGCAGGUCUUUUCCAAAUGUCUGCUCCACAUUCCGUUCCAAUAAUCCCAAAGGGAGAUUUGGAGAAUCUUGCCUUGUUCCAGAUGAGAAACGGAUUGAUAAUAAAGGCAAGACAUAAACACAGAAACAUCGAUGUGUCUGUCAAGUUCCUGACCAACCAAAGUGUACGAGACAGAAAGGUUAUGGAACUUCUGAAGGAAGUAACAAAUACCGGAUGUAUCCAGGCUAAACAAAUCGUUCCGCUGAUGGGGGUUUAUUCCUGUCCUCAGUUCCUCGGACUGGUUACAGAAUGGAUGUGCAAUGGAUCCCUGGAUUCUCUCAUACACGAGGGUGAUUUCUAUUCAAAUUUACCAGUCCCUCUCAGACUGAGGAUUCUAUUGGAUGUUGCUGAAGGGAUGAGUCACCUCCAUGGGAUGGAACCUCCUGUUAUCCACCAGGCACUGAAACUCAGCAACGUCCUCCUGGAUAAAGACUACAGAGCUAAGCUUUCAGAUUACAGCAUGUGCAAAUGGAGGAAGUGGACCUCAUCUUCAACCCUUGCGAUCCCAUCCAAUCCUAAAGACAUUGUCUAUAUGGCACCGGAGUGUCUCCAGGGAAAGCCACCAUCCACAAAGGGAGAUGUAUACAGUUAUGGCAUGUUGGCAUAUGAAGUGCUCACCGGUAGGAGGCCUCAUGAAGAUAAGCAAAACCUGCAGGAUAUAAUACUAGCGAUCAACAAUGGAGCCAGACCUAAUUGCACAACCGAGGCCUUUCCAGCCAGUCUUCCUCACCGAGAUACUCUGAUCCAUCUCAUCACUAGUUGCUGGAAUGAGGAACCGCAGAAGAGGCCACAGUUCAGAGAUUGCAAAAAUCUCCUGAAGAGCGUUUUUGAAACUUUUGACUCCUCAAUGGUGUCGAAUGCAGUUCACAGUCUGGCACUAACAAAGGGGAGAAUGUUGGAAGAUGCUCACCAUACCCAAUUAUUUUGCAUUGAUGUGAAAAACCUGGAGUUGCCUUGUGAUGAAAUUCCCUCCAAAUUGCCUCCAACGAAGAACAUGCAUCUGGAGAGAAAUAACAUUGUGUGUGUCGAGAAUCCAACUCCAGGACGUCUCAACAGUGAACAUUCCCCAAAUCCUUAAACAUCCCAGAGAACCAGAGACCACCAACACAAAGUCCACAAAAAAAAGAUACAGCUUCCUCGCCUCAGUUGGCAUCAACCCUAUGCACCCAGAUCUCAUGCUGUUGUUCUUCCAUGCCUCCAUCUAUACAACACUGUAAAAUGAUGAAAGAGAUUCAACCAACAUUGCAACAAACUCCCAGGAUGAAAGUCAGUCAGUCAGAACACAGCCUAUCAGAUUUUCAGUUGGAGGAAAGUCAAACUCCAUGCACUCGGAUUUUGAAACAGUGUCGGGAGUUCCUUAUAAAUUAUAUGACGGAAGGACGCCUCAACCACAUCCUUGAUGUGCUCCGAUCCCAAAAGCUGCUGACAAAGGCCAGCUAUGAAACUAUCGCAGCACUAAACACACAGACCAGCCGAACACGAGCACUCUUGGAUAUUUGUCUCUGUCUCGGGGAAGGAGCAGCAAGGGUCGUUGUCGGCCUGUUACCAGAAGACAAGAAAGUCCAGGUCGCAGGGAGAAGUACUUGUCUGCAAUGCCUCGUGAAUCAAAGCUAAAAGCACUGAGGAUCAGAGAUCACUACUGGUGUUAAGACAUCUUGGAACUGUUAUGAAAUGAUUGAGUCCAGGUGUACAAACAGUGUACAGUAUACAUCAAACCACAUUGACUGAUCAGUUACCUUCAGCGCUAAACAAUUAUUGGUUUUAAAAAAAUUACAUUUAUACAACUGAGUCGAUCUAUUUUGUCUGAAUUAUCCUGAAGAUUAAUUGUGAAAGUUUAUU